ACGCGUACUCUCCGCUAUUUCAAAGUAUACUCGGUAUAAUACGACUCGUAAAAGUAUUUCCCUUGUAAACAAUAAUACUAUAAUACUUGUUACACCUCUUACAAAUUAAUUAACGUUUACUUAAUUUCAUUCUCGUUACAAAUUCGACACGCGGAUUUUCUUACAGGUAAUGUCAUAAUGUCACAGGUUAACUAUGACGUAAUGAUGCAUUGAUUUUGAAUAUUCUACAAUUGCGACUUCACAAUUACUGAAACAGGAUGCACGGGUCCACGCGUUUGAGAAUUUUCAGGACCAUGCUGUAGGAGCAUGAAGACGACGAUUCUGUACCCGUAUGCAACUCUGUAUAGCGGCCGCGGAUGUCUCAACUUCCACGCCAAACACGCUGCAAUUACUGGAGGAGUAUAUACACUGAACAUAUCAAUACUGGUCGUGCUGAUAUACAGUUGGAGAAUAAGCACGAAUUUUAAGAAGUUUUCGGAUCUCCAAGAUGUUUAUUAUGGUGUCCAGAUAGCAUACUUUGCUAUUAUCGGUACUCAAUUGUUCAUGAUCAUUUUGAGUAUUGUUUUGUUCUUCGGAAUAUACAAGGAGAACGGAGGCCUAGUCGUCCCUUGGAUCAUUGGAGCCAUCACGUUUACGUCGUUGGAGGCUGUGGCUAUGGUCUACUCAAACGUCUUGAGAGACCAUGUCAACCGGGAGUUUGACGCACUAUGUAAAGCAGAAGUAGCUUUCUUCCUGGCUCGAGCCGUUUUGAACGGUUUGUCAAUAUACGGUGUAUUGAGGUUCUACAACAUGAUCAAAGCUGGAAUCACCUGGAAGGGACCUGAGGUUAUAGAACUGUGAUACCAGGUAGCUGG